CUCAGACUACUUGUAAGCAACGAGACGGAACUGCAGAUGUUUCAGCACCGUUCUUUGACCGAAUAUUGUAAUGCCGGAAGCAGCGGUAGCGAAACCCAGCCUCCACAGUUUCAUGCAUCGAUUGGGAGCUACGCCACCGACGAGUCCAACAUCGACAAAAUGUGUCAGUGGGACUGUAUUUGGAGCACCACACUGAACUCGCCACUCAGGAUCAUGCGUUUCUCUCCAGACGGAGCGUUCUUCGCAACGAACGGAAAAGACGAUAACCUUGUGAAAAUCUGGUACCAGGAAAUCAGUCCAGAGUCUGAUGGGCAACCAAACGUCUCAUAUAACUUUGUCUAUUUGGAUCACCCGAAAGCCGUGAUAGGCAUAGAAUGGCGCCGGCCAGGCAGACAUAUGCCGCGCGGAUUUUUCGUUAACGCACUGAUCACGUGGUGUGAAGACCGCGUCUGUCGUCUAUGGCGAGAAACUGUCGCCAGCAUCGAAUCAGAUUUCUUGAAUUCGUUUCGUUCCACCGAGAAACCCGUCGAUUCCACCUACGUCGACGCUGAGAGCCAAAAGAAAUCACAGUUAAAAACGGCGCGCUUGAAGAUCAGAAAUCGUCUAAAAAAGUUCAGUUUGGGUGCGGAGAAGAUCCUAGCCGAGGCUUUGAAGUCUGACGCGGUAAAUGGCCAACUGAUGAGUCCUGCUAACCAGGAUUCGGUUGAAUCGAAAGACACCGUCUUUCAACCUCCAAGCGAUCCCUCUCACGCCGACUCGAAUUCGACGGGGUCCAUCCGGGAUAACCUUGACGUGAAGAUCGAACUGUUGUUGCGAGAAUGGCAACAAUCAAGUGACGUAUUGUUUGCCGUUCACCCUCUGGACGGUAGCCUUCUCAUAUGGUCGGUCAGCUUUUUGGACAAUGGUAACACAAUGGCACAGACGUGUCUCACCUCUCGUCUGCCGGGCGUAUUCCCGAUGACUGACGCCGCUUCUAUGUGCAGUAAUUUGGCUGUGCUGAACCCCCGAGAUCCGCUUUACGUCGAAGUUCUGCAAAAAGACAUGUAUUCCGCACUUGAUACCGCCGAUCUGAUGCAAAACCACGACAUUUACUACGGUCUGUCUAAUUGCAUCUUUUUGCUAACGACACACAAGAAUGGCACGCUGAACUUAUGGCACAUUAACGUCGAUGGCAAGUCAAAGUUCUGUCAAAUGCUUAGCGUCACCCAUAAGUCUCGGAUGUGCGGUCACAGGUUCAUUGUGAAUUCGGUAGCUUGCAGCCCGGUACUGCCUCUAUUUCUCACUACUAGUCAUCAUAACGUUGGCAACAAAAAGUAUAACCUCAUGCAUACUACCGAGACCCUGGUCGAUUCAGCUCAACACAAUAUUCAGCGGUUCAGCUCAGAGCUGAUCUUAUGGAAGGUGAAUCCAGUGGGACCUCUUCGUAAAGAAGGAGGCGUUGAAGAGCUGGCUCGCAUUAACAGUCUGGAGCUGUCAGCGUUUUCGAGGGUAGCCUGGGUACCCACGGUUUUGCCAAGUUUUUCCUUGGGCAACAACAGUAAUUCGCCAAGUUCUUGCUUCGUUGCAUCCAACGGCAACUGCCUUCGUACAUUCCAGGCUGUUUUGGAUGCCAGAUCAUUGCUAACUGCCGCUAAGCUGAACAGCAUAAAGAGAUUCGAAAUGGAAUCUCCGGAUAGCAACUUUUCCGGCGCCAGUUCAAGAACACCUUCGGCACAUGACGAACCGAUUCCAUUUCAACCGAAUAUCGUUUCUUCACAGUCCACUGCCCAGCCGGGAUGCAUAAUCGAACUGGACGUAAUUUCUGAUUCGACACAGGUAUUUUGA